AUGACCACCUCAGUUCGCGUAUUGGCAUUCUCCGGCACCUAUCACAGUGGUCGUUUGUCCGAAACCGUGGAAAUCGUCACGAUGGAUGUAGUGCUGUCUUUCGGGGUGCUUUUCAACCUGUACACCACAUUUGCUCUCACACGAACCCCAAUCAAUUCCCUCCUGUCCAAACUGCUAUUGUAUAAUCAGAACGCGCUGGAUGGGUCCUAUUGUUUUGUGAUCAUAGUGGUAAUCUGUUCACACAAUUUCACUCUGUUCUCACCACCAGGCAAUCCCAUCCCUUUUGUCUGUUACAUACUUCAGAGUGGUUUCUUGAACGUGUUUUGUCGUACCAUGGUCGUUUGUAACAUUGUUUGCCAGUGUGCUGAUCGCUUCUGGGCGGUGAUCUAUCCGAGAUCGUAUCGGAUUCAUACAAAGCGUUAUAUUAUUGUGUGCUAUCUGGGCAUUCCUUUGUACUCCGCUUGUGCUUCCCUGUCCCGAGCGUUCCUAACAGUCAUUGUCGAUGGCCACUGUGAUCAUCAUACCUCAUCAAUUACUGAGCGUGUGGUUACCACAUUUGACACGGUGUUCCGUUAUGGGAUCCCGGUCAUUCUAAUGAUCUCACUCAACAUUACGGUGAUGAGGAAAUUACGUCGAACUAGAUUGCCAAGCGAUGCCCCACCGGUGGCCAGUAUCCAGUCCACAACGGAUCUGACCACGGACAAGGAUCAGCACGAGAAAUCGUCGGCAAACAAGGUGCUGGCCGCGCAAAAGGCCAUAUUGAUCAAUACUGUGGUUCUGAUGAGUGAAUUGAGCAUUCUACAAGUUGUCGGGAUCACGAUGAAUGUGUUGGACGCACUUGAUGUGAUUGAUUUCAGUGUGGACUCGCGCGCUCGUCUGUAUUUCAUGUUUCUUCUAUCCACCUUCUCUGCGAUCAAUCCUUUUCUAACCAUUUUGUCAAUGAAAUCCCUGCGAUUGACCAUCAUUCAUCAAUGGAGGGAAAUCAUCACGGUUACCCGCAGCAUGAUAAUGGGAUGCUAUAAAAGGUGCCCGACCAUCUAG